CAGCAGGCCACUGACGCAGCACAUCCACCACACACAUCUGUUUACCUGCAUGUUCCCCAAAUACACCAGCGCCCAUUGAAGAGAUGGAUCUUUGCUGGCCUGAGGUCAGUCACCCACCGACAGGCUGGCUGAAGAGCAACACUAGACUGCAAGAUGAGGACUGCGGGGCUGCUGGUUGUUGUGGGUCUGUGUGCGUUAAACAUCACGUCUUCCCUGAAAAUCUGCGCUUUUAAUGUUCAGAGCUUUGGAGAGUCAAAGGCAAACAACAAGAAGGUUAUGGGGAUUCUGCUGAAGAUUCUUUCUCGCUGUGACUUGUGUCUAAUUCAGGAGGUUCGAGACUCUAAAGGAGAAGCAAUACAAGCUUUGGUUAAAGCUCUGAACAGAUUUGACGAAUACAACUCCUAUUCUUAUGUGGAGAGCGAAAGGCUGGGCAGGAAGACCUACAAGGAGCAGUAUGUCUACAUUUACAGAAACGACGUGCUGCAGGUCAAAGAGCUUUAUCAGUACCCUAAACUGGAAGGAGAUGGUGCCAAUGAGACUGAUGUUUUCUCCAGAGAGCCGUUCAUCGUCCGCUUUAACUCCCCGACUACAUUGGUGAAGGACUUUGUCUUGAUAGGACAACAUACCUGCCCCAAAACUGCCAUGAAGGAGAUGGAUGAGCUCUAUACUGUCUUCAAAGGGAUGUACAAGAAAUGGAAGACUGAGAACGUGAUGAUCUUGGGGGACCUGAACGCCGACUGCAGCUACGUCACCAUCAAGGGCUGGAAGGCCGUUCGCUUGAGGAGUGACCCCAGUUUUCACUGGUUAAUUGGAGACGACCAAGACACCACAGUCAGGCUGAAGACCCAUUGUGCUUAUGACAGGAUCAUCGUACACGGACGGGAGAUCAUUUCCGGUGUAGUUCCAGGUUCAGCUCAACCGUUCAACUUUAAAGAGAAUUUCCAUCUCACUGAAGCAGAGGCUCUUGAAGUGAGUGACCACUUUCCUGUAGAAGUUGACCUGAAGCCCAACCACCGCUACCUCCUCCGCCACGAGCUGUAGGCUGCUCAGCAUCAACAUCAUGAAAAGUUUGAUUUAAAACUGUAGUUUUAAUUUAUUUUAAUGAAUAAAUCAAUUGAAUCAAAACAGAA